CGAGAUACAGAAAAAGGUUAGAAAAUUUUUGCAGGGAAACAAAUGCAUGAAUGGCUCAGCUUAAGAGCUACAAAUAUUUCUGCGAUAAUUCAUACUUCUGUUUACUGUGAAAUUAACCAUAAACUAUUUACCUGUCAAGAAAUGUAAAGAUUUAUUUUUAAAAAAUCUUUCUUACGAUUAAACCUUGAAGAUACAUCAUGGGCGGAGCUGUAAGCACAGGCAGUGACAAUGAUGAUCUGGUUGACAAUCUCCUUGAGGCUGACUAUAUUAAAACACCAUUGGUGGAGAAAGUCUUCCGUGCUGUUGACCGUGCAGACUAUUAUUUACCAGAUCAACGGGAAGCUGCAUACAAAGAUUUAGCAUGGAAACACGAGCAUUUACAUAUGUCAGCACCAUGCAUUUACUCUGAAGUUAUGGAGGCUUUGCAACUUGAGCCUGGCCUAUCAUUUCUUAACCUUGGUAGUGGGACCGGCUAUCUGAGCACAAUGGUUGGUUUGAUAUUAGGACCAUAUGGUGUGAAUCAUGGUGUUGAGCAGUAUGACGAUGUGGUGCAGUAUGCUCAGGAGAGACUGGCAGAAUUCAAGCGCAACAGUGCUGCAUUUGAUGAGUUUGAUUUCUGUGAGCCAACCUUCAUUGUUGGCAACUGUCUCAAGUUGAACUCUGGAUGUCAGCUGUAUGACAGAGUAUAUGUGGGAGCUGGUUGUCCACCGGAGCAUGAAAAUUACAUGAAAAAUAUGUUGAAGAUAGGCGGUGUGCUUGUAAUGCCAUUAAAUGAAAGGCUGAUUCAAGCAAAGAGAGUAAGUGAAACAGAGUGGGAUAUCAAGAACAAGUUGCCGGUGUCAUUUGCCACUCUCGUCUCACCAAGUCCAGAUGCUCCUCCAGAUUUGAUAGACCUUCCUGAGCCUGAGCAACCAACCCUACAAGAGUUAUGUCGGACAUCUGUCAGGCGUGUAAUACGUACUAACAUACAUAAAGAGCACCCUGAACUGACAAAGGUUCGUAAACGCCCUAAAAAGCCUAAAAAGAAGACCCCAAAAGGACUUUCUAAUCUAAAUAUUGUUCCAUUAAGUAUGGGAAUGAUGAUACUACAUCAGUUUGACAGAGAAAAUAGUCUUACAGAUAGUGAUGAGGAUCAAGACAGAAGAGUUGAAGAGAUUGAAAACAAUGAGGAAGAAAAUAAUGACGAUGAAAUGAAUGAUGUUGAAGACAGUAAAGAUGGAUCAGAUGGGAAAUUUUCUACUGAUGAAGAUGAAGAAGUGAACACGGACAAGGGAGCUUGUGUGAAAGCUGAUAACGUUGGUAAAAAGUUUGUAAAGACAGAUGUGGUAGUAAAGGCAAAUGGAAAGAAUGGAAAAAGUGUCGAAAGUGUAUCUGAAAAGCCAAAUGAUAAUAAGAGUGAUUCUGAAAGUGACUACGGUAGUGAUGAAGAAGGAAAAGUGAAUGAAGCUAUAAACUCUGUAGCUGAGGUUAAUACUUCAGCUGAAGAUGCUGGAAAGAGCACACAACAGUCAACAUCCAUGAUUGAUGAAAUGAUUGCAAAUGUAUUAGCUCGUAGUCCAGAUGGAAACAAAAAUCAUACACAGAAUCUGAAACCUCCAGACGCCCACUGGUCAGAUACAGAUGAUGAUGCUGAAGAUGACAAGAUAUAUAACAUUGAAGAGUUUAUAAAGUAUGGUGCACAGGGAAAGACAUUAGAACCUCCAAGGAAGUCGAGAUAUUCAUCCAGCACAAGUGUUGAUACAUCAACAACUUCAGGGAUUGGUUCAUUUGUUGAAGAACACCUAGAAGAAGAAAUGGGUCAAUGUGAUAGUGAGAAGACGUCCCCAGGCUGGAGCCAUCUCGAUCCUGAACCUGGAUGUUCUGAAAAUAAAACCCAAAAGAUGGAUGUUGAGGAAUCUGAGAGUGAAGAGGAGAAAGUUUCUGAAGAGGAGGAAGAUGUUCCAAAACUUUCCCUGUCAGUGUGCAUGAAAGAGGCCAUAGAUUCCCUACCCUUACCAUCUUCGAUGAAGUCUUAUAUUAAAUACUAUAGAGAUUAGGAUAGAGAGAUGCAUGGCCGUAUGGUGAAUGACUUACUUGAUAAAUUUGAUGUUUAAAACAGUAUAAUUGCUAAUUUCACAGAAUAUUAACUUACCUUGAAUUUUCUCCAGUAAAGGAGGUUUUUACCUUUAAUGCAUGGAUAAUAGAUGACCGUUGAAUUUAUAAUCUAGUCUGACAGUUAAACUUAAUUUUAUAAAUUCUUGUUGAAAAGUAAGGAUAAGAUGAAAUAUUUCUACAUCUUAAUGUACAUGCAUGUUCUCUUGUACAUUGUAUGAUUUUGUUUUGAUCAAAUAUUGUUUGAGAUAUGCUUUGAGUGAUAAUUAAGUUGAAAAUGAUAAUUUUAAUAUUCUUUUUGAUUAAUCAAAUCUAAAUGAAAGCAAGAAAUAAUGAAAAUUAAAAUUUUCGUAUUAACUUAAGAUUAAUCAUAUCUAAAUGAAGGCAAGAAAUACUGUUUUACUCGGUAUGGAUCUCCCCUGUUGAGUAAAUUAAUACUUAUAAUGAAGGCAAUUAUAAUGCAUCUUCGACAAAUUGUGAUAUAAUUAUUGUUUUUUCACUUUGGGCCAUAAAUGUUUAACUAAAGUUGGUAGAGCAGUCUUACUUUAAUCUGGCAUCUGAUUGGCUAUUUCUUUCCGUAUUUUUGAAAUUGACCAAUAAGAUAGUGGCAUUAAUAGACUGAUUUACUAACUCUGGUUUUAUUAACCCUUUCAAUUAAAUGUUAUUUGUUGAUGAUUAUAACAAUGUAAUUUUUUUCUCUUAUUUGUUACAUUUAGUGCUGACUUAGUGCUCCGAAAAUGUGUAUAUUUUGUACAAAUUCAUUGUGUUCAUAUUAUAUUAUCUAUUAUUAAUGCAGUGUAGAUAAUAUAUUGGUAUUACAGCACUAAUUUUGCUGUUUGGUACAUGUAGUUGAUCAAAGCUGUGCAUACGCCUGGAAUAAUAAAACAUUUCAUGUAACAAUAUCUUUACAUGUAUGUUAAGUCAUCGUUCAAUUUGGAUUAGCUAAUAUUAUUAUAUAUUUCUUCCGUAUGGCUUAAUAUAUGUAUACUAUACACACAUACUGACAUAUGAAUUGACUGACUAUUUUAUGUGGGUGUAUUGUCCAAUAUUCAUUGAAUGAUUGAGUACCAUACUCUUUUCGGUGGUUUGGAAUUGGAUUCUGAAUAAUUGUUUACCAAAAAAUACAUACAUUAAAAUCUCAAGAACUUGUUUCAUAGUAGCACAAAAAAUCUGGUAAUGUGGGGAAAAUCAUAGAGCUUGUUUUUAUUCCAUUCAUUUUAAGUGUUAGACACAAUCUUACAUGCUUUCCUUUCAUUCUUUCCUAUUUGCAGUAAUAAUUCAAAAUUGGUUGAUAAAAAGGACUUGUCCAUUAUUUGUUCACUCAAAAUUAUUAUGUAGUAUUCUUGUAUAUUUUUAGAGCACUGUUGGUGACAAUUACCUUUGUCAUUAGAAUUCAUUAGAAUACAGUAAAGCUAGUCUUACUACGUCAUGCAGUGUUGUCAUUAAUUAUUUGUUCUGAGGCUGUCGAUUUUGAAUUUGAGACGGUUAUAUUUUUUUUUUCAUUUCACAACAGAGUGUUUUCUACAACAGAGUGUUUUCAAAGUUUUGAAGUUGCCAAAAAUGUGAUUGUGCCAGUUAUUUUAGCCUACAUUUGCCUUGGUUUGACAACCCUAGGUCACAUUAUACAACUUCUAUGCUUUAUUAACAAUGAAUGGUUGCAUAUUAUGAAUAACACAUAUGUUAAUGACAAAAUGCUUUUUGAUGCAAUCAUCAAGUGUUAGAUUAAGGUCGACUUUGGAAAUUGGAAUGUUCCACCAAUCCAGUUGCUUUUUUGGAUUUUGAUAAAUUUUCUGCAUUUAUGUAUGAUGUUAAGAUAAUGUAUUGAGAGGGAUGCGAUAAUCUGUGAUAAAUGUUUAUUAUUUCAUGAUUUAUAUAUUAUUAUAUUAUGUAAUUCACAUGUGCAAUUGAUUAUUAUAAUUGAGAUAGUUAAGAUUUGUGAUAUAACCCAUAGAACUUACUGGAACAGACAGUAGGAAAGCACCUGUUUCAGCCAGUUUUGAGGAAAGCACCUGUUUCAGCCAGUUUAGAGUCAACUCAGUUUACACAUCAAUGCGACUUGACCAGGCUCCGUAGUUUUGGCUGCAAAUUUUUUUUCGUCUUUAUAUCCCCGAAACUGAUAAUAGACAGUUCAGGAAUGGAAGUUUGAAAAGUUUGUAGAAGAAAUUUUGAAGGAUCACUGUUUGAUUUAUAUAUGAAGAUUUUGUUGCAUGUAUUAUAAGUUCAUUGUUAAUUUGUCAUAAAAGAGUCUGUACAUAAAUGUAGUUUAUUGAUAUUGAAUGUUUUGGAACAUGAAAUCUAUGUAAAUUUCUACACUGUAUGUGGCAAGUUGUUUUUGCCAUUGAACUUAGAUGAUACUGGACCAAUCAACUGUAUUCUGUAAUUGUUUCAGGCAGUUAUUGUCAAUAUAUGUACAUGUACUUAAAUUAUGGCCAAAUAAUACACUUUUGUGUUAUAAAUCAAUAUUUAGAUAAGUUAAAUAGGAAAAAUUAUGUAGGCAUGGUUUAAUCCUUUGUAUGAAAUGUUGUAGGCAAUAUCAACACAUCUUUGCUGCCAGGAUAGGGUCGGGCCAGCGUACACUUUUUGCAGUCUGGCUGGACUCCUCCUGUUGGGUGCUCAAUUGUGAAACAGACUUCUCUGAAACUUUAUCAUUCAGUAGUUAAGAUUUAAAAGAGGGGUUUGUUCAUUAUGCAUAUUCAUCGAGGGAAGGUAAAAUAUUGCAAAUGAAGCAUUUUCCAAAAAAAAAAAUUUUAAAUGUAAAUUAUUUCAAUGUCAAAACAUUUCAUAGUUUACUUAUGAUUUGUUAAAGAGCAUCAUAAUACAUGUAUUUCAUUUUCUUUUCCACUUCAGUUUCUUUUAAGGAUAUAAGUUACAAUUUUACAGCUUUUUAAAAUUUUUUUCUUCCAAUCAGUUGAUAAAGAGGUUUUUUGAGUCUUUCAGAUAUUUGUUUUAGUUUUUGUUUAAUCCUUACUUCAAGAUCAUUCUCGCUUUGUUUUUUAUUUGGUAUUUUUUGUGACGGCAGAAUAGCACAGGUUUUGAAUAGGUCAUAUAUUAUUUGCAUUUAUGUUUGAGCAGUUGGAUUUAAUUGUAACAUUCAUUUUGUAGGUUUUGUUAUAUCUUCCGGAUUUAAAUGUCUCUAGCUAUGCUUUGUAAUAAAGGGAACUGGUACAGAUGUGCAAAGCUUACAGGAAAGCCUUGUCUCCUGUAUGUAAAAUCCUUUAUUUAUUUUCACGUUUUCUCUAGAUCUAUCAUAAUAAAAAAAGAAACAGGAAUAUUGAUGUUUUUAAUGUCAAGUUGUCAACAUAUCAGCAGAACAAGUAUUUGCGUGCCAAUUGAAAAACAACAAAUGAUGUUGAGGAAAAUUUGAGAAUGUCGACAAGAACAUUUUGAUACAAAGGUUUGAAGCAGUGUAAAUUUGGAAUUAUAAAUAUUUUAGAAAUUUCCUCUUCUAUAACAUGUAAAUAAUGUUCAUGAUUCAACCGUUAGCCUGUUCUAUCACUUUGUUUUGCUUAAUAAACUUGGUUCUACAAA